GAGAUGGUACCGGACAUUACCUUUGUAACGCUUGUGGACUGUAUCACAAAAUGAACGGCAUGAACAGGCCUUUAAUAAAACCUUCUAAAAGACUGACGGCCACGAGACGCUUGGGACUGUGCUGCACGAAUUGCGGCACCCGCACCACGACGCUAUGGCGACGCAACAAUGACGGCGAGCCGGUGUGCAACGCGUGCGGACUCUACUUCAAGCUGCACGGCGUGAACCGACCUUUAGCGAUGCGCAAGGACGGCAUCCAGACCAGAAAGCGGAAACCCAAGAAACCUCCAUCAGGUAGCACCAGCGGUGGGGACGCGGUGGCGGCCGGCGGUGGUGGGAGGGAAGACUCCGCCCAUAGCGAAGAAUCUAAAACGCCUACAAUGCUGCAUCAAAGUUCGUCGCAACAGCAACAGCAACAACCGCAGCAGCCGCAACAACAGCAGCAUCAUACGAACCAACAGCAGUCGAGUAAUCAGUCGCAUCAUAGUCACAACCAUAAUCACCAUCAUCAGCUGGAUAAAUCGUCACCGGUGCUGGAUAGACCGUACCUAGGUCAAACGUCUCUCCUACCAGCAACGAGUAGUAGCAGCAAUAGCAGCGGAGGGAUAAAAAGUGAGCCUGGCUAUGAAUAUAGCUGUGUCCAGAAUCAGUCGUACCCCUAUCAACAGAUAUUCGGGUUUCCUACGGGCACCAGCACAACUAACGGCGAGAUGGCGUACCACCAUCAGCACCACGUAACUGCAGCGGCAAAACUGAUGGCAUCGUCUUAGUACCACUACAUUUGGCAUAGAAAGUGAUUGUGAUUACUACCGAAAGAUAUUCAGGUAUCGAAAGAGUAAUAGGCAGUGACAGUAAUGGAGAAAUCAGCAUCUUGUGAAUGCACCGCCAAAGCUGAUGGCUUCGUGUUAGUAUUGCAUCGUAGGAGUAGAAGCAAAUCAGAAUGAAAGUACAGCUGCGUCGUAAGCUUGCCAACAUAAAACCAGACUUCCUGCUGGCACUAGUACCAAAAACAGUCACUGUCAUGUAUGUGUGGUAGAAAGUCUGAAACCAUCCUCUUAUGGUUUGUUCGUACAGUGACUCGGCAACUGUGUCUGGGAUCAGGCCGAGUUAGCUCCGUUUAAAUAGCUCAGCAGAAUGAACUGAAUUUGAGGGGCGGGAUCUUGGACACGAUCACUGACAGGUUGGCGACCGCUGUACGAACAGGACUUUAGUGUAACAUUUGUAACUUAUCCAGUGGCUAAUACCCCGUAUUUCUCCGACCAGGCGAUACCACGUGUUGAUAAAAUGUUCUUAAUUGUAAACGUUUAGGUCACAAUGGUGACCUUCUUCAUUACAAUGACUUUAACAAAACAUUUUAUUCAUCUGUCCUCCAUAUGUCACUUAAUUUUUUUUCUUUUCAUUUUCAUAUUACCCACAGUGUGUCAUUAGAAUAGUGUGAAAGGUGGCAUAACAUGCUUACGAGGGCGAUUCAAUAAGUACCCGUGUUUGACGACAGAGGGCGUUCCUGAGGGAAGUUAAUGUUACAACACAGCCGACGUCAACUACGAGCCGUGAUGA